UUGGUGUUAUUGAGGUCAACGGGUGGCAAACCCCGUGACAUCUACCCGCCCCCCUUUGAGGGCACAGGCGAAGUGAAGGAGGGCUUUCUCUGCCCGCUGUGUCUGAAGGACCUUCAGUCUUUCUACCAACUUCAGGGACACUAUGAAGAGGAGCACUCAGGAGAUGACCGGCAUGUUCGAGGACAGCUGAAGAGUUUGGUUCAGAAAGCAAAGAAAGCCAAAGACAAACUGCUGAAGCGGGAUGGAGACGACAGGCCUGAAACCGGCAGUUAUGAGUCCUUCUACUAUGGUGGAGUGGACCCGUAUAUGUGGGAGCCUCAGGAACUGGGAGCAACUAAAAGUCAUCUAGACCUCUUUAAGAAACACCGGGCAGCUCGGAUAGAUCAUUACGUCAUUGAAGUCAAUAAGCUCAUCAUCAGACUGGAAAAGUUGACAGCGUUCGACAGAACCAACUCAGACUCGGCAAAAAUCAGAGCUAUUGAGAAAUCUGUCGUCUCGUGGGUGAAUGACUCCGAUGUUCCGUUCUGUCCUGACUGUGGAAACAAGUUCAACAUCCGCAACAGGCGGCAUCACUGCCGCCUCUGUGGGUCCAUCAUGUGCAGGAGGUGCAUGGAGUUUGUCCCCCUUCCUUUGGCGCAGAAGCUCAUUAAUGGAACUCGCGAGGCCCUGUGUGUGCCCGGGAGCCCCGGUCAGUCCCAGUCCGCCCCAGCUGGAGCUGCAGGCAGCGGGAUGGGCUCCAGGAGAGGCAGCAUCAGCAGCUUGAGCAGUGUAACCUCAAUGCUGGAGGAAAAAGAUGACGAGAGGAUCCGCUGCUGCCACCACUGUAUGGACACGCUGCUGAAGAGACAGCAGAAGCUAGAGGAGAAGGACCACGUGCCAGAUAUAGUCAAGCUUUACGAGAGGCUGAGGAUGUGCAUGGAGAAGGUGGAUGAAAAGGCUCCAGAGUACAUACGAAUGGCUGAGUCUCUCAAUGCCGGCGAAACCACUUAUAAUCUCGACACUGCUGGUGGAUUGAGGCUGGAAGUUCAGAAAUACUACGAACUAAUCGAUGCUUUGAGUAAAAGGAUUUUAACUCUGGGAGUGAAAAAUGACCCACCCCCACACCCAAAGGUGCUGCAGCUACAGAGGAUGAUCCGCUACACAGCCACACUAUUUGUCCAGGAGAAGCUGUUGGGCCUGAUGUCUUUACCCACGAGGCAGAAAUAUGAAGAGAUGAAAGACAAGAGGAAACAGGAGCAAGAGCGGAGACUCCAGCAAGAGAGACAGGCAGCUCAGGAGUCUGUUAACCGUAGGCAGGAGUCUGAGAAGAACCGUCCGCCUGCCAAUGGCGAGCUGCCCCAGGCCCCCAGAGCGCCCCGCAUGACCAAAGCAGGCGGGUGGCUGCCCUCUGCCGACUCCGUCCACGCCCGCAGCGAGCUGGAGGACCCCCUGCUGCAGCAGAUCGAGAACAUCCAGUCAUUCCUGCGUCAGGCCCGCGAGGCUCAAAGAAAAGACGAGGUGGCCAUGCUGGAGGAGAACUUGCGUCAGCUGCAGGACGAGUACGACCAGCAGCAAACCAGGCUCGCCAUCGCUCUCUCUCAGAAGCUGGCCAAGGAGGAGAGCUUGCAGCAGGGCGAGUUCCAGCGCCUGGAAGCCCAGGAAAGAAAGGAUAGAGAGCAAUGGGGUUCCACUGUAAGCUCCUCCCAGCCUUCCCUCACGUGGGCUCCAACCUUUGAUAUCAGCCCAUCAGGAGGCUGCCAGGAGGAGGAGGACACGGCGGCCGGAGCCCUGACUCCCAAAGCUGAGAGCAGCCCGUCAGCUCUGAGAGCUUUCCCUGUUCUCGCUGCGCAGGAGGAGUCGCCCCCCAGGCUGAGGAGCCUGGGGGGUCACAUCACCCCCCCUGGUGGUGAAAGCGAAGCGCAGAGCAGCUCCUCUCUCAACCCUUUUGAAGAGGAAGCCACUCCCAUAGAGGAAUCCAAUCCCUUCUUUGAGGACAUCAAGAGGGAGCACAAGGAAGAAAGCAAUGGGAAGAAAGAAUAUAACCCCUUUGAUGAAGAUGAAGAAGAAGUGGGCGAGGAGAACACACGGGCCGAGGCCGAACCCGGAAACCCCUUCCAGGAGGACGACACUGACGCGGGUAACCCCUUCAUGGAGGCCUCCGGGAACUCGCCCGAGGUCUCCAACAACCCCUUCGACGGGGAUGACGAUGAGGAGGUUUUGCGGGACGUGGACAUGAUAGAGGAGGAGCUGCUGCUCCAGCAGAUCAACAACAUCAGGGCCUACAUUUUUGACGCAAAGCACAGCGGGCGCUUGGACGAGGUGGAGCUCCUGUCCGAGAACCUCAGAGAGCUGCAGCACACGCUGCAGGAACAGAAGAAAAAGAAGCAUUGA